GAAUCUAUUGUGACGUCAUCGUCGUGAUCCUUGUUUACCUCAGAGAAGCAGGAUGGAGACAUCCCUCUGGAUAUUUCACCAUGUCUCCACCCAAUAUUAGCCAUGAAUAAUGGCGGAACGAGAUUCCACAUAUGAUAUACCGGAUCAGGACGAGAAACAGACCAAUGCUGCAAACUCGUCGACAACUUCGGCACGUGUCAGCCGAACAAGUCGACGAUUCCAGGUGCUGGAGAGCCAGGGAUUCAUAGUUGGAAAGACUCUUGGCACGGGAUCUUACGCGGGCGUACGAUCCGCCUACGACGUCAACCGAAAGCAUAAAGUUGCAGUCAAGAUAAUUUCCAAACGAAAGGCGCCUGAUGAUUAUCUAACAAAGUUUCUCCCGCGCGAAAUAGAUGUUAUCAAGGUCUUAAAGCAUCCCUCUUUGAUUGCCUUUUAUCAAGUCAUUGAGACGACUACGCGAUUCUUCUUGAUCAUGGAGUUGGGCAGCGUUGAUCUCCUGGACACAAUCCGCGAGAAGAAGAUGAUAGAGGAGGAUGUGGCCGGGGUGUGGUUCUACCAACUCCAGGACGGCGUGCUGUACAUGCACAACAAAGGUAUUGUCCACAGGGACAUCAAGUGUGAAAACCUUCUUCUGGAUUUCAAACAAAACUUAAAGGUAACUGAUUUUGGAUUUGCAAAGAAGAUCACGAAGAGUAAAUCUGGGGAGGUGAAACUCAGUGAGACUUAUUGCGGAAGUUAUGCUUAUGCUCCUCCUGAGAUUUUGAAGGGACAGGCGUACGACGCCUUCUUGGCUGACGUAUGGAGCAUCGGGGUCGUUCUUUUCACCAUGCUUUACGGGCGUCUUCCCUACGAUGAUUCAAAUCACAAGAAGCUGCUGAAGCAAGUUCAGAGUCGGGUGUCAUUCCCAUCGAAACCGGAAGUGAGUGAACCAUGUCGAAUCUUAAUUCUGAAAAUGCUGACUAGAUCACAGGAGCGGAUCCCUUUGGGCAACGUCCGAUUUGACCCAUGGUACAAAAAGUACAAGCCGAGUUCAGCCCAAUCAACAGAGAUUAUUCAUCCAUGUGGUUCUGGGGCCCAAUGCAAAACUGAAGUAGUAGACAAGGCGGCACCGCUAGCAACCAUUGAUUCUGUAUUACCAGCGGAAUAGGUUUUUUGAAAAUUUAGUUCUGUUGCAAGCGGACCAUUUCUAAAGUCGCUAUACUUUCUACUGAAAAUAUAUUAGUAUGGAAUGUUUCAUGUACUUUGUCGUUAAUAGUUAAGUCUUUAUUUUCAUUA